AUGGCGGCAGCAGCACAAAAGACUUCCUGGGCGGACGAUGUGGACGACAUAGGAUCCGAGCAGCAACAGCAACAGCAACAGCCCCAGGACUUUGUGGAUGAAAACGGCGUCCGAACAACGAUUGAGUACACCAUCAACGAUGAGGGGAAAAAAGUCAAGAUCACACGCAAGAUCAAGCGCGUACUACAGAAAGCCGUCGUCGAUCACGCAGUUGCUGAGAGGAAACACUGGGCGAAGUUUGGUCAGGAGAAGGGCAACAAGCCGGGGCCGGAUCGCGCGACGACGACUGUUGGAGAGGAUGUACGAUUGAAGAUUUCGGCGGGCAAUAAGAGCUCUGAGGCGGAACCGUCACAAGAAAAUCAAGUGAAGCAAAACCUCGCUCGCGCUGGUGCCGGCAAGGUCGUCUGUCGUCUUUGCAAGGGUGGUCACUUCACCGCGAAGUGUCCCUACAAAGACAGUCUCGCUGGGCUUGACUCCGCCGACGCACCACCCGCCGAUGACGACGCUCCCGAGCCCUCCGCCGCUGCACCCGUCCCCGGUGGAGGCGCCACCGGCGGUCGCUACGUCCCUCCCUCGCUCCGAAACCGCGGGCCUGGCGAACGCAUGACCGGCCCAGGCAGCGGCAAUCGCGACGACCUACCCACGCUCCGCGUGACGAACAUUUCCGAAGACACGCAGGAGAACGACCUGCGGGACUUGUUCGGUCGUUUCGGCCGCGUCGCGCGCGUUUUCGUUGGCCGCGACCGCGAGACGGGCGCCGGCAAGGGAUUCGCGUUCGUCAGCUUCGAGGAGAAGGCGGUCGCGGAACGCGCCAUGCAGAAGAUGAACGGGUUCGGGUACGACAACCUGAUCUUGAGCGUGCAGUGGAGUCAACCGAGAGAGCAACGUUGAGAUGUGUGCUUCUCUGAUGCCUGAUGCUUUGUAUUCAUCUAUGUGCGAUCAUACUCUUCGUUUACAUCCAUGGAUGGCAGAUUCGCCUCCAGUUCGCGUUGUUGUCAUACAAGUUUGUGUUUAUCUCGUAAGCCUUA